CCCGGACCAGGGGUCACCAUGGGCAGCAAGAUGGCGGCCGCCAGGAGGGUCGUUCAGGUAGUAAAGCCACAUAUACCCUUGAUUAAGUUUCCAGACAGAACAAAUACUCCCAAACUUAAAAUGCAGGCGUCUUUGGAGCCAAGGGUGCCUCCACUCCACCCUUCAACCUCACAACAGUCCAUAGGAAGUGGGCCGCCGUCCUAUCAAAAAAUUUCAUCAAUUAGUAGAGCACAAGGCACGCCAGACACUUCAGAACUAUUACGAACGUUACCUACAAAAUACCGGAGGAAACCAGUGACAGUUGAAGAGAUGGAAUACAUCCAACGUGGAGGUCCAGAAUAACACAGAAGAUGAGACUGUUAGCUGCUGGUGAACAACCAAUUAUUGUAUUCACAAUAAAGGCCUUCAUAAUUCUUUGAA